GUCUUGUCAAAGUCGGAGCAGACAAAGUCCAGAGAAGACGGCUUCUUCAGUCAUCCGAGCAACACCUCCACGGCACUGCCAUUUGGUGAGGACAGAUAGCCACCAUGGAACCCAAACCUCAGAAGAGUCCAGGCAAACAAUUUACAUAUUAUUAUGAAAAUGAAGUCUGCAAACAAGAUUACUUUAUUAAAUCACCACCUCCUCAGCUUUUUUCCUCAGCACCCUCUUGGAAAAAGCGGUUUUUUGUUCUGUCAAGGAGUGGAGAGAAGGGCUUUAGUCUGUCCUAUUACAAAGACCAUCAUCAACGAGGGUCCAUUCAAAUCGAUGGAAAUUCCAGUGUUGAAGUUGGCAUCAGUAGCCAUGGAAAAAUGCAGUCUGUGCAGAAGAUGUUUAAAUGCCACCCAGAGGAGGUGCUGUCCAUCAGAACCACUCACAGAGAAUACUUCCUCAUUGGCGAUGACAGGGAGAAGAUUAGAGACUGGGUCUCCUUCAUGUCAGCAUUUUGCCGGGAUUCGAGAGCCACACACCGGAACCCAGAGGAGAAACUCUCACUGGGUGUUAAAAGGCCCUCCUCAGACCCCAGUCCUCUCCUCGGUUAUUCCAGCACAUGGGAGACUGUUGGCUGCCCUGCAUCCAGAAAUACUCUUCCGGGCAUGCAUUUAAUAGAAAAAAGUUCUCCGGGACUCAGACAAGCUCAUCUACCAAAUGAUUUCUUGCCCGAGUUCACUCAAGAUACAGAAGAAGAGAGUCAUUAUAUUAGCCCUCGGAGUAUUCUUUUAGAGUUGGAUAAUAUCAUUGCUUCCAAUGAAUACGGCGAAUCCACUGGACCAUGUGGUCCAGACCAGGUCUCCCAGGGACUCAAGUGUCACUACAUGUCUAUGAAAUCCUGUUUGUUCCAAGAAACAGCCGGUGAGUCUGCUGAUAGCAAAGAGGAGCCCGAGACCCUUCCAGAGAUCCAGAUCGGGGGUCUUCACCUACGAGAACAAGGCUCGGGAAGUGACCCUUGCUUUUCAUCUGCCGAAACGAAAGCCCAGACCACGAACCACGGAAGGGGGUCGUCCUCACUGACUCUUGUGCAGUUGUCUAUAUUAAUCAAUAACAUCCCCGACGAAAGCCAUGUGGAGAGCCUGGAUGUGUUUCUCUCUCCUCUUGACAUCACCAAUUAUCUGGCCCUCACAGAAGCCGCAGGACGGAUAUGUGUGGCUGAGUGGAAAGGCCCCCCGCGCCUGGGAUGCUUAUUUGAUCACGGAGAUCACCUUUUGUCUGUGAAUGACCUGAAGCCCCAUAGCCUGGAUGAGGUCUCCUUGUUUCUCAGCCGGUCCAUCCACAAGGAGAAAGUAAAACUCACCAUCGGCCGGAUCCCAAAUUCAGAGAAAUUCCAUACUAUAGACUGUACAUGCCCCUUAAAACACCAAGGCGUUGGACCUUUUGAGCUGGAUAAGGCUGAACCAAAGAGAGCUCUGAAGAGGAGCCCAGCCAUUAAAAAGGGCCAUCAGAAAAUAACUGGGCAGUAG